AUGAUGGGAAAUGUGCUCAGCCACACGCGCAAGCUGCUGAGCGGGAGUGUCCCGUGGGACAUCGACGCAGAAGCUCUUGCCGACGUUUAUUGGCGUUGCGCAGCGGUUCGCGCGGGGGGCAGCAACCCCCUCCCGGACGUCGUGCGUCGAUGGAGGGCUGAGGCGAGCGAGAGGUCGUUAGACCUUUGGGCGGAGCGUUUGCAGGAACCGCUGAUGCUGACCGGGCACGGCUGCUUUGGUCGGUACCUGUGCCAGAUCGCGAGGAGAGAGUGGGAGGAGAGAGAUAGUGGUGACACAAAGUGUCACCACUGCCUUAACGAAAUGGACACGGCCGAACACACAUUGUCGACCUGUCCAUCUUGGACGGAACAACGCGCGGCCCUUACGGCUGCCAUUGAAGUGGACCUCUCCCUGCCAGCAAUAAUCCGGGCAAUGUUGAGCAGCGAGAUUGCGUGGCAGGCGGUGAAUGACUUUGCCCAGGAUGUCAUCACUGCAAAGGAGGAGGCCGAGCGCAGGAGAGAACGGGAGGCAUUCGACCCCUUGAGACGGCCGAGGAGAAGACACGCACCACGGAGUGGCCGCAGCGCCUUGCCUUAG